GACGCACGCACACGGUGAGGAAGACGGAACGCGCGUGGAGGUAAGGACAGGGUCUGCGAGAGAGAUAGAGAUAUCGAUAGCGGUUGUACGAGAGCAAGACGAGCAUAGAGAGAGGAAGAGGAGCGGCGGGGCGGGACGGGGCAACGACAGAGACGGAGUGAGGUGUACGUAAUGAGAGGGAGCGAGUCGCGCAGCUGCGUCAUGUUCUCAACGAACUGGGUCAGUAGGUCUCCCCACCGCGCUCCGCGUCGCACAUCUACCGCUCGUAUACACACAAGCGCGAACGCUGGUGCCGUCGGGGAGUGCCAACGGCGUUGCUGUUGACCCAGCCGCGGCCUGUACGUGGCCCGCGCGCGACGCUCACCCGUCGUCGAGCUUCUACCUGGCGGCUCACCCGUGCACUUUGAAAGUAAAAGAGUCUCUCGGCUUCUCGCCGCCGCGGCACGCGGGUUCCGCGUACCCCCUCGCCGCCGCCUUUUGCGAGAACGAAUUCCCCGACUCCACGCCCAAGAUGCGCGGAGAGAACCGAAAGAAAGAAGCGAAAAAAAAAGAAGAAAAAAAAAAUCCGAUCCCGCCCGAUACAUUCGCGGAAUGCGUCUUACGUCACUCGCAGGACCGGUCGCUUUCUCGGUUGCGAACCCGGUGAGAACUCCUCUUUCAUUCGCACACGGCCCGAUACGAGCCGUGUGCCACUCGUCUCCGAAAUUUUCGCGCAUAGUCGAAAAUACUCGUUUCCAAUUCGGAGGCGAAUGUAAGUACGAGACGUACGCUCGCCGCGAUUGAUGAAAAAAACGUCGAUGAAACGACGAAGACGGGACAACGAUAACGAGGCGGCGACGCGCUCGCACGCUCGCGGACAAUAUUUCUCCGGCCGACAUAGACCUGGUUCCGUAAGUAGGUCAUCCCCCGCCAUCGGUCGCGCAACCUCCUUCUCGCCCGGCCCUCCCCACCGGUACCUUCGACCACGGCAAUACCAGCCGCCCGUCCGCCUCCGCUCCGCCGCGACCGCGUGCUACUCGCCCCUCCCGCCCGCUCCGUCCCGAGCGAGCCUCACUCAGGCGGGCACCUCCACUCCGCACACCGUCGGGUACCUGGCCGCGCGCGGUGGCAUGCGCUGCUGAAUCACUUUCACUUAUGCCGUGCGCUGUGUUGGUUAUACUCCGCGCGCGCGUUUCGGCUCUCUCGCUUGCUCGCUCGUUAGUAUUGCGCCUCACUCUUUCUCUCUCUCUCUCUCUCUCUCUUUCUCUCUGUUUCUCGCCUCUCCGGCACUCGUUGCCCGUCGGUAAAGGGACACGCGCGCCUUCUCUCUAUACCCACCGAAACGUCGAAGGAGUCUGACAGUAGUGCGCGCCUCGGCACCGUUCUCCGUGUAUGGUUUCGCCCAAUUUUCCGUCCGCUCGGCCACCUCGGCGUCAUCGUAAACGCCGUCGCUCCGGUUUUUGGAGACGCGCCCGUCUGCUGGCAACGUGCGCAAUCGGCGCCGCGCCACGCGUUAUCGCGAAAUACGGGAGUGCGCGGCAGAAGAAAACAGCAACGUCGCAUCGUUUUUCUCGUCGCCGUCAUUGUCGUUCCCGUACCUCUCGUCGGCUCGCCGCUCGCAGGAAUAAUUCGGACGCACCAUUCGGACGUGUACCGUGUCAGAGGGACGCGCCGUUGUCGUGGAUCAUCGUCGUCAUUAACGACAUUGUUACCUCCAGCGCGCGCGGUGGCGAUACGUCACGUAUGCCGUGUCUCGCAAAGGCGGUCUCUACCUACUCCAUGUGCCGACGGUAGGGCGACAGUGGAGGGGAGGGGGCAGGCCCUUCGGGAACGCAACGAGCCGAGAAGACAACUAGUCGUGCUCAGACAGGCAAGCUGUUAAGUCACGCGGUCGGUUCUGACACUCGAUAGUCCGGUCGUCCAUCCAUCCGCUCGCUCGCUCGCUCGCCGAUUAGUUAUCCGAAUCGCAGUGCGUGCUCGCGCUCUCUUUUGCCUACCUCCGUUCGCGCAUAAUCGCGAUUAUGUCAUAAAUGCGUCGUGUUGUUGACAAUCGUACACUGUACAGGCUCCUUCAGUUUCGCGCUCGUUCAUCGUCGUCGCGUCAGUCGCGUGUGUUUCCGUCCGUCUGUCUGUCUUUAAUCGUGACGGCACCGACAACACCGGUGUUCGCGUUUUCUUUCGGACGGACGUAUUAGCGUAUGUAACGAGAUUCCUAUCUGCAUUGUGCACGGCGAUAAGUUGGAUUACAGUGUGGACGCGAGGAGACAGCGGCUCGAAAAGAGGGGCUUGGUGUGUUUUACUUUGUGACGAAUGUUCUCGCGCACGGAUAUCGACAAUCGUUAUCAUGUUUCGGACGUAGCCUUUGAUCGACCGCGCGAUUUCGACGAAUAUAAACCCGUUUGGUGGUGCGUAAUGAUUCCUCUCGGUAAACCUGUGUGAUCCGUGAGAGAAAAAGAGCGAGCAUAACUGGUGAUCGAUAUUAUUCUACGUGACACGGGGAAACCGGAGAAGUCCGAGUGUGCUUUCCCUCUUCCCGUACACGCGGGGAAGCGCGGCUUCUCCACUUCGCCGUGAUUGUGUCAUUCGUUUGUCUUUCGUUACCGUCGUCUCAACGUCAUUGUCAUCGUCACUGUCGACGGCGACGUCAGCGGGUGCGCCAGGUCUCGCGUUUCGUGCACGUUAACAACUGGCGCAUUGUUGCCAAUCCUCGCCAGCCGGAGAUUGCACUCGCGCGAGCUAAGCGGAUCGAGAACGACGUGUCCCGCAAACGUAAUGGACUCGACAAACCGAGAGAUACGCAAGUGUAAUUUAUCGUUACUCUGAAAUCGGCUGGAUCAGCCUAACAUCUGUAGUGUCUAGCCAGAAAUUCGGCAAAGAGAUCAAGGAACGAACGUUAAAAAGAAAAAGGAAAAAAACCCGAACGAAAAAAAGUACCGUCGUUGUCGCAAGGGCUGCAUCCGAGAGGAGCUCCGAUAGUCGUUUCAUAUAUGUGCCGAUACGCGAGCACGUCCGUCCGUCGUGCGGUGUUUCUCGCGCAAGGGUGAUAUGUUAGUGGAGAUGGAGCAGCAUUCGGGCCUGAUAUCCCUGAACAUGUCACCGUUCCACCUGAGUCCGCAGGGCAGCCCGCAGGCCGCCGGGUCGCAGCAACCCCUGCAGCAACAGCCGCAACCGCAUUACGGCGCGUCGUCUUAUAGCAAUUGCGCGCAGAGUUCGCCAUCGCCCAUAUGCCACCAGCCGCAGCCACAGUCGCAGCAACAACAGCAACAACAACAACAGCAGCAGCAGCAGCAGCAACAACAGCAGCAGCAGCAGCAACAAAUGUCCGUACACAAUCAGGCGGCGCAAUCGCAAGGAAUGUCGGGUUUCGAGGCUGUCUUUUUCGAUAACGCGGCCACCCUCGAGAACCGGUGUCCCAUGUGCAAUAACAAGAAUAUAUCCGGUUAUCAGUACGGUGCUAAUGUACUCACGUGCGAACAUUGUAAAGGUUUCUUCAAGCGCAACAGCUCGCCGUGCAGCGGCAAAAAGGUCUACACGUGUCUCUUCUCCCCUCCGGGGGGUGGCGGCGGCGGCGGCGGUGGUGGUGGUGGCAGCGGUGGUGGCAAUGGCGGUGGCGGCAAUAGCGGUAACGGUGGUAAUGGUAACAACGGCGGUAGUGCUUGCGGCGCGUCCUCGGCGCUUGAGAUUUGCGCCAACAAGAAGGUGUACACGUGUCUGUUCCCGCCAACAGGACCCGGAAGCGGUAACGGCGGCUGCGGCGGUACGUCCACCGGCAUGGAAGGCAACGGCGGCGGCGGAGGCGGUUAUAACACUGGCAACGGCGGAACAACGGCCGGCGGCGGUGGCGGUGGUCCAGGUGCCGGCACUGCCGCUGGCGGCAACGGUCCAGGUACGGGUAACGCCGCGGGAAGUGGCAAUAUCGUCGGCACGAUUCCGACCGGCGGCGGUACCCUCUGCCACCCCGGACUGGUGGGCCAGGUCGGCAUCGUCACCGGUUCGUUGCCGUGCCCAUCCGACUUCCCGGACACCAAGGACAUCGUCAUCGAGGAAUUGUGUCCGGUGUGCGGAGAUAAGGUGUCUGGAUAUCACUACGGUUUACUCACUUGCGAAUCCUGCAAGGGCUUCUUCAAGCGCACCGUCCAGAAUAAGAAGGUCUACACGUGUGUCGCCGAGAGGUCCUGUCACAUCGACAAGACGCAGCGGAAACGGUGUCCCUACUGCCGCUUCCAGAAGUGCCUCGAGGUCGGCAUGAAGCUUGAGGCCGUGCGAGCGGACAGGAUGCGGGGUGGUAGGAACAAAUUCGGGCCCAUGUACAAAAGAGAUCGGGCGCGGAAGCUGCAGCUGAUGCGUCAAAGGCAACUGGCGUUACAGACGAUACGCGGCAGCCUUGGUGAUCCGACCAACUACCCGUCCGCGGUGACGCCGUUGCUGCACAUCAAGCAGGAGAUUCAGAUACCUCAGGUCUCGAGUCUGACCUCGUCGCCGGACUCGAGCCCGUCCCCCGCGACCGUGGCCGCUGGUCUGGUCACGACGCAAGCUGGCGGAGCCGGUCAGCACCAGCUGAUCGCGCCGUCCAGCCAGCCGAACAUCGGCGGCGCCGGCGCCGGCGCCGGCGCCGGUGGCAAUCACCUGCACAACCUGAACCCCGGUCUGGACAGCAAGCUCUGGGCCGCCAACUCCACCACCCCCGGCACGAAGGUCUUCAACUUCGGCGAGCAGUCUGCGCAGUCCCACGGUGGCGGGACCGUGGGCUACGGGCCCAGUCCCGCCGCCACCCUCAAAAGUCCGAUGAUAAGGGACUUCCUGUCAACAAUCGACGACCGCGAGUGGCAAGCGUCGCUCUUUGGACUCUUACAAAACCAGUCGUACAAUCAGUGUGAAGUGGACUUGUUCGAAUUAAUGUGCAAAGUGCUCGACCAGAAUCUGUUCUCGCAGGUGGACUGGGCUAGAAAUUCGACAUUUUUCAAGGAUCUCAAGGUUGACGAUCAAAUGAAGCUGCUACAACACUCUUGGUCGGAUAUGUUAGUACUGGACCAUCUUCAUCAAAGGUUACACAAUAAUCUACCCGACGAGACGACACUUCAUAAUGGUCAAAAAUUUGAUCUCCUUUGUCUCGGCCUACUCGGAGUUCCUGCCUUGGCCGAUCUCUUCAAAGAUCUAUCCAAGAAGCUUCAGGAACUAAAGUUCGACGCCUCCGAUUACAUAUGCAUGAAAUUCCUAAUGCUUCUAAACCACGAUGUCCGUGGGCUAGUAAACAAGAAGCAUGUGCAAGAGGGUCACGACCAGGUUCAACAGACGCUUAUGGAAUACACGCUGGCUUGUUACCCAUCUAUACCGGAUAAAUUUAACAAGCUGGUAGCAGUAUUACCAGAUAUUCACGAGGUGGCAACCAGCGGAGAAGAGCAUCUUUAUCAGAAGCAUUGUAGCGGAGGUGCACCAACGCAAACACUUCUCAUGGAGAUGCUUCACGCCAAGAGGAAAUGAAACGAUCGAUUUCUCCUGUUUUAAAGAUGUAUCCGUGGAAAAUUACCCCUGUUGAUGGAUACAAGCGCAGGGAAACAGUAAGCAAGAUGCCUUGAAAACAGUACAAAGGGUGGUUAAACAAAAAAUAUUGGUCAAAGGGCAGGCAACUUUUGUCUAAAUAAGUAAAGCUAUUUUUCUAAUACUUAGAGGCGAAUUUAUUUUUAAGCAUACCACUGAAGCCUUGCUCUCACUCGAACGAAAUAUAUUGUACCGCUAAAGAGAAUUGAAGUCUCUCUCCAGAUCAAUUGUGCUUCUGCAAGGGAUUUAAUGGGCAUACUUGAAUGACAGUGAACUUGCAUGUGAUAUACAUAUGUGUUUGUCGCACGGCCAUCUUGGCAUCCAUAGAAUUUUCUAUAAAAGAAUCUGCAUUUUGCCACACUUGCACACAGCAGGGCUACUAUAUUGUAAAUACUAGUUAACACAUUCCAAUUAUGUUGUAAAGUAUGUAUCAUGUUACACAUGUAAUUACAAUAUUUUGUGUAUAGUUGAAUAAUGAAAUGAAAUAAAUAUAUUUCUGUUGCUUACUUGAGGAAAAAUCAUUAGCUACUUAAUGUCUUCACUAAUUUUAGGAUCUUAUUCAUGUAUUUCUCCUUAUUAUUUUUUAAAUAGGUGGCGGACAGGAAUAACUACACAAAUUGCGAUAUUUUACUAUUGUAUGUUGUAUCAUAAUAAAGAUUCUGUUUAAGAAAUAAAAGAAUCAUUGGAGCAAGGUUUAUGUGGUCCUAUAUUGUCUAGCGAUUAAUUCUAAAUACAUAAGAUAACAUUAAUCGUAUCACAGUUGUUAAAUAGAGAAAUAUUUAGUAAAUGUUAAGGUAGCGAUCGAAAGUAGUAAUUUUUCACUAAUAGAUUAUUGAAUAUUAUUAAUUAUUACUAUUAUUAUUGUUUAGCCAAUAGUCAGAAAUUCUUCAGUGCUGUGAAGGUUGUCUCUUCGACGCCUGUGGUAUCAAAGCCAUUGGAAAUUAUAUUGUGUCAGAUGCAAAGCUUAAACGUGACAAUAAAGACAGAAAUCUUUCCUCGCACUGGUAGACUGGUAAAAUUAUACUCGUUGCGACUCCUCUUGUUUUUAUUCACGUAUCAAACACGUACCUGCUGCAAAAAAUGCUAUUUUACUACUUUCACUUUUUCCACCGAUUUUUCGUGAUACAUUUAACUAGGUGUAAACGACUUGUUGACAAGUGCAAAACUCGAUGUCACAGUAGAUUUAAGAAUCGAGUGUUAAAUCAAAUCAAGAAGAGCGGUAACGAGUAUUAUUACCACGGACGUAAGCAUUUUAUUGCAGGUAUCGCAUGUACUUAUCGCGUGAGUAAAGAUUUGUGUCCGACUUCUGUCAAGUUUGACUUUAUAGAAUAUGCUAAUGUUCCCAAAUUUUCAAAUCGUCCAGUUCUUCACAUUGAACAUGAUCGGAAAUAGUCUAAGGCUUGUCAUUGUUCUCAUCUACAGUGCCCCAUUGAAAAAAAAAAAAA